AUAAAUAUUGAUGUUUUUGACCAAGUGUUACCAAAAUUGAAAUGUAGGAAAUUUGUCAAGACGGGAAAAUCCCAAACUCAUCUUUACCUAAAUGGAGUGCAAAACUGUGCCAAAGCGACCGGAAACUCGUAUUGACUUGGUAACUGAAGUUGAGAGGAAAUCUGGGACGUGGUGUAGCCGUUUUGGGUUGAAGUGUUGCUUUGGGAUUAUGCUGGUUAUCAUUCUCAUAUAUUGCUUUUACUUGCAUUUAAACUUUGCAACAGUUCAGAAACAAAUAAAACAUUUGCAAACAAAAUGGGAAGACUCUGAGCAGCCUCAGACGUUUGUAAAACGACAUUUGGAAGAUCAAAACGGGCGACAAUCCAGAAGUAGUCUACAGCAACGACGACAUAAUAGAAGAAGAAAUAGAAGACAUAAUCAAGAAUUAGAGGAGAAAUUAAAAGAUUUGUCAGAAUUGCCGCUUGUUCAUUUAACAGCACAACAGCCAGAAAGUCAACUGACACCAAGACUUAAUCAACUUAGAGAUGCAUGUCUUGACAACCAGAAGUGUUUCCUGUGGUCAGAACCACCCAGUUAUUUUCAAUGGAGUUUUACAUAUAUUCGACAAGAAAGUAAAAUUGUUGGAAUAAAUAUAACUAGAGCAGGGUAUUAUGAAAUUUACUCUCAGAUCAGUGUUGCUGGAUUAAAGAAUGAAGAUAUUUUGCCAGUGUAUCCUUCAUUUGGCUAUGAAACGAUCAGAGUACCUGAUGGAGACAAUCCUAUAGCUCUAUCUAGAAGUUAUAUUACACAGGAUGAAAGAGGUCAGCAUUAUGGUAAUAGUGAUGGAUCAAACAGUCGACCAGUGGACACAUUGAAUCAAAUGGGACAAUUCCGUUUGAAUUGUAAGGAUAUCAUUUUGGUACGCCUUGUUCAAGAUUUAAAUGCCAUGAAUAUACAUUUUGCCUCAGAUCCACAAAGAACAUAUUUUGGUGUUAGACUUGUUCGACCCAAAGGGAUCAAAGACUUUAGCUGUUAUUAAAACCAUGAUUUGCCUGCGGAAAUGGUUUCAGAUUCGAUGAUUUUAUUUUGAAGAGGAUACUUUCUUCUGUUCUUAGAGCUAUAAAUGAACACAUUGCAAAUUAACAACCAAACUUGUCUUUUUUUUAAAUAUUUCUUUUAAAGCGUUUUAAGGAGUAGAUAAAUAGACACUUUUCUGAUUAUUGUUUGUUUUAGACAAAGCCUAUGUGACCAGUUUUAUCCACAUUUCCCGUUUCAAAGGGUUAAUAUUGCCUUCUGAAAAACAUUGGCCUAACCCUUUGACCAAAAAACGAUUAUCAUAAAGAAAUAUUCAUGAGUAAGAUUUACAUCCUAAUAAAAGAAUUGAGUUGGUCCAAUGUGGCCAAUGUCGUCUAAAGUAGAAAUUACCCAAAUUUGGCAAAAGGUUGGCAAAAUAAUUAUUUCAAUCAUUACAGUUUGCAAUUUUGACGUCAGAAUGACAGUCAUUACAGGUGAAAUGGUUCUGAGUUUAUUGAUUUUGAAUUUGCUAGAUAUUUUUACACGUCUUUUAUCUUAUGUAUAUAAAAUUACAGAACUUAUUUUUAGUUUCAUGUUGUUUUAAGGCCAAUAUUGACCCUUCUUGAACCUACUCCUUUGUUUCAUAUCUAAUGCUUACAUAUAAAACUUGAUCGUGUUAUAAUUAUUAACAGAGCCGCCGUUCAAAUAUAGUUCACAAUUAAUUCAAAACAAAACAAAACAAAAAACGGCUUGUUUAGACAUACUGAAAAUUAACUGUUAAGGUAGAUUGACUGUAUACCGCCAUCUUGGAUUGUAAAAUAGUAGUUGUCAGUAUGUCUAGUUCUUUGCUUAAACCUGCAAAUUUUUGAGACAGAUUGGCAGUUAAUGGGUUAAACUGUUUAUUGGAUUAAAGAAAAAUAAGUGAUUUACUGCAUUAUUCAGACUGAUUUAUCAAAUACCAAAUGCGUGUGUUUGUUCGACUCAAAUAGCCAACAAAGCCAUUUACGGGGAGAGAACUCAAAUGGUAAACUUUUUAUAAAGGAAUGAUAGAGAAAUUUUCAAUUUUUACCUGUAGCAAGAAAACAAGGUCGGUGACAACAUUUUUAUUUUUGUUUUCUUAAAGCUUAUUUUAAAACCCAUCUUCUCAUAUUUUAUUUCAAAAUUCUAUCUCGUAGAUUUCUUUUUAUUCCCAAUAAAGUGUUUUUUCAUGAACAAUCCAUGCAAUUUUGGGCAAUUUUGCACGACUUGUAACUUGAAAAAUAGCACGGUGACCCAUAAUUUUUAUUAUAUUUUCGAAAAAAGCAUGGAAAAUCUACAUUCUGGCAAAGUAUAAGAAAAUUCUACCUGAGGAAAUAUAUACCAAUGAUCCACCUUAAGAUUUGUAUCUAUAUGUAUUUCUGCCUUAAAAUGUUGGUAUAAUAAUAUGUGAAGGUUUAUCAUGAAAACCACCGAAUGUAAAAUAUUGCAGUCGUGAAGGCAAAAACUAUUUCUAAAGAUUUUUGUAGGUCCAUUGUUGUAACCUCAUCGCCAUACUUCUUUGUACACCUUGUGAUAGUCAUAUCAAAAAUCCUUCUGAUCAUAAAAUUAUUGUCUAUUAAAUUGCUAAUUUAUAUCUGGUAAUGGUAUUGUGUUCUUACCGCAGUAAAUAUUUAUAAAACUUGUAAUGAAAUAAUAUGAAGUAUAUAUAGUCUUAAAUAACGAUAUACAUGUAGUGUAUGUAAUGGUUUAUGUAAGAUGUCUGUUUAUAUAAUUGAUUAUAUUACUGCAUCGAGUGUGAUACGAUAUUUCUCAAUCAGUUUAAUCCGCGAGGCUUAACGAGAGUUUUGAAUAUUAGAAAAUUAAUUGUCGAGGGAGGAGGUAUAUUGUCACGUUUAAAUGUGAUUUUAGAGUCUGUUUGUCUGAAAUUUUAAGAAAAAAUAUAUCAAACUUUAUCUUUAUUUUUCAAUGAUCAGCGAAAAGAUCGUGCUCUUUCUAUAUGAUGUCACCAGGAAUGUUCGCCUUUUUGUAAUGGCACAUUAGCGUAUUCAAGGGAAAUUAAUGAAAAAUAAGUAAAACUAUUUAUGUAUUCACGUAAACGAACUUGCAUAUCCUCACUCCACAGAGAGAUCAAAACUGUCUUUUGAAUGCAAGGUUGAAAUGUUUGUUAAGUGUACGUUUUCACGUUUUCUAUAAUUAAUCAAUUCCUGCUCUUAUUCUUUUCAAUGACACCAUUUUCUUUGAUAUUUUUUAUGUUCUAAUUGUUAUAGGUACAUCUUUAGUGGCUUCUGAUAUAUCUAAAUAUGGCGUAAAUUCAAUUUGAUACGAGUGUAUCCAAUACACUUAAUCUGUACUUUGAUUAUUGUUUAUCAACGUAUUAAAUUCAAUUUUAGAUACUUGGCUUUAACCAUUGUAGAUGUGCAAUCUACAAAAUAUAUUGAUUCAACUAUGGAAGUAGUUAUUGACAUACUUCGAUGAUUCAACCAUAGAAGUAUUUUAUUGGCAUACUUCGAUGACUCAACCAUGGAAGUAUUUAUUGACAUACUUCGAUGUCUCAACCAUGGAAGAAUUUAUUGACAUACUUCGAUGAUUCAACUAUGAGAGUAUUUAUUGACAUACUUCGAUGAUUCAACUAAGCAGUAAGAGUUAAUAUUUGUUUUCGUGUUAUUGUGACUAAUUUACAAUUUCUAAAACCAAGUUAUAUUUUAAAAAGUUAAAUGUUCUGGUUUUUUUUUAAGUGCCCUUUACAAAUUUGAAAAGUUUCAAAACACAUUAAAAUAAUGCAGGUUAACACGGAGUAAGCGUUUUAAAAACGAUAACGUCGUAUAUAUCCAGUAGCUCUUUUCACAAAAAAUCUUAAGUGUAAAAUUUAUCGUAAGUCUAAAAUAUUCCUUAACAAUUCAACUAAAUAUUUUUAUCGUAAGAUUAAUUUUACACUUAAGAUUUUUUGUGAAAAGGACUACAGGUGUAUAUAAUGUUAUAGUAAUGCAAAGACAAAUGCAAAAUAUCAUGUUUUUAUCAUGCAAAUCCUGAUAGCGUUUUUUUUUUUUUAGAUAUUAAAAUAAUACAACAUAGUUUGAGGGAAAAUAUUUGUUUUUGUAGAUAUAUUAUAUUGUGUUUGUAUAUUUAAAAUUAAAUAAAUGGCAAAGUGAACAUAAAGGAAAAUGGCAAGACCAGUAUUUUGUUAUCUUGUUUAAAGAUUGUGUAUAUAUAUAUUUAUAAAUAUUAUUGUAUUGUUAUUUUAAUUGUUGAUUUUUUACUAAUUUGAUUGUCUCAAUUUAUUCUUUAUGAUACAACAUAAUCAUGUGUUUAAUGAUAAAUGGAGAUAAAAUAGACAAAACAAUAUUUUGACAAACUUGGAGACUGUCGGAGGUCAUUGAGUAAUCGGUCCAUUAUCACGUUAACUAUUUCAUUGUAUUUGUUAUGACGGGUAUUUUUAACUUUUUUUAUUUAUAUAAAUAAAAGCACAGCAAUAUGAUGAA